GGGCGGGUCCCGCGGCGCGUCCGGCUCGCCCAUUGGCCGAUCGGCCGGCGCGUGUCUGUUGCGGUGCGUCCCGCCCGGUCCCGUCCCGGAUGGUUCCCGCCUGGAUGGCAUCCAACUAUAGAAAACCUGGCUUAGCUACAGCCCAGCGGAAGAAAAGUGGCUUGAAGCCUGAACUUACAGAAGAGCAAAAGCAGGAGAUCCGGGAAGCUUUUGAUUUGUUUGACACCGAUGGAUCUGGGAGCAUCGACAUCAAAGAACUGAAGGUUGCAAUGAGGGCUUUGGGCUUUGAGCCAAAGAAGGAAGAGAUUAAGAAAAUGAUAGCAGACAUUGACAAGGAAGGAAGUGGCACCAUCGACUUUGAAGACUUUUUGGCCAUGAUGACACAAAAAAUGAGCGAAAAGGAUUCACAGGAAGAAAUCUUGAAAGCCUUCAGAUUGUUUGAUGAUGAUGGGACAGGAAAAAUUUCAUUCAAAAACUUGAAAAGGGUUGCCAAGGAGCUGGGAGAAAAUCUAACAGAUGAAGAACUUCAGGAAAUGAUCGAUGAAGCUGAUCGAGAUGGAGAUGGAGAAGUAAGUGAGCAAGAAUUCUUGAGAAUCAUGAAGAAAACUAGCUUAUAUUAAUAUUUGUUGCCUUGCUACACAGCUGUCCCAAAAGAUAACCUGGAAAAGACUUAAAAAACUGGGCUUGUGUCUCCUGCAUAUUUUCUGUCACAUAAAGUCAGGAAGGACAGAUUUUUUUUUUUUUGGUUCAUUCUUUUUUCAACAAAGUUAAUUGGGGAAGAGGGGGCUGCAGUAUUCAGUAUUGUUAAAAUGUGAUACUGCAGAAGUGAAAAGGAAGGAUGGACUGAACCUGCAAGGCAGGGUCCCUUUCUCUCCCCCAUAACAACUUCCCCAGUUGCCAUUUUGGACAAAAAACGCUGUGUUUUACUAUUUCACUAAAAGACUUGUCAGUUAAGAUGCAAAGAUUCCCACUGCUGCUGGGAAAGGCCACUUGGACUUUCCUAAGGCUACAGAUUAAAGGGACAAGCACAGUAUUUUUUUUUAUUCCUUUUGAGGCUUUUAGGUUAUCUUUUGGUAUUUGUCUCCUUUUGUUUAUCUCCGUGAAAGACUCUAAAAUGAAUUGCAAAUCUGUCUGUAUUUCUGUAUGAAAUACUGUUUUCUCAUAGCAAGUUAGUUUUGGACUUAAUGGGAAGCAAAUGUAGCUAACCAGCCUUGGUUCUUCAUUUGGAGCUGUGUGCCAUCCAUAGAUGUUCUUCUGUUUUUCUGAUCACCCAAAACCUGAAUGAAACUUGAAUGUAGCGUGCUUGGGUCACCAAAGUUUAUUGUAUAACCAGGCAACAUGUUGUGCCAUUGUUCUUACUCCCCAGACAUUAGAGCUGCCAUUACUUCAGAAUUUUAGGUACCUAAAAAGUUCAGUUCUGUGGUGCACUAGAGUACAUUUUGUCCUUGGCUGUUAACAGUUAAGUUGUAAGGAAGGCUCACAGCUGAAGUGAAAAAACAGCUCACCGUGGAUAUCUGUGGAACACUGAAUGUAUUUAGAUCCAUGCAAUCCAAAUUCAUUUCACACAUCACAGGUUUGGGUUUGGUUUUUUUAGGAGCACCUUUCUUUUCUUGAGUAUUUCUUGCACGUACUGUCAAUCUGGGACUUACUGGAGAGCCACAUUGCCUUCCGUGUUAUGGGGACAGAGGGGACACAACCUGACAUCCAAUUAUGUGGCUCUGCAGGAGGGUUUAUCCUUGGGUCCUGAUUAGACGAUCUGUUUUAAAACUUUCAAAGCCUGUAAAAUUCCAGAGACCUGAGAAGUUCCCUAUUAGCAUAGUUGGUGGCAGUUGAUGUAAUCUGUAGUAUUGUAAGUGUUUUAAAAUGUCUUAACUUUGUAUAAGUGUGAAAUAAAACUGUUUUGCAAGUUAA